UCCCCCUCCUCCUGCCGGGCACUGGGCGGCGUGUGCGGGUGCCUUUAAAUGGCUUUAGCGGGAACUGCUGCCUGCUCAGUCUCGUCUGUGAUGUAAGAAGAGACUUUAGGUGUCUGCGCCGAUCGCCUGACUUCCCCCACCACUUCUGCUGGGCUCCUUCUUUCCCUCGCCGUCCUUGGCUGCCCCGGUGCCGGGUGGAUGUGCUGAGCAGCCUCCGCAGCUGGUCCCGAUUGCCUUUCCCUGCCGAGCAUCAGCUGCUGCAGGCGCCCUUCGCUUGCUGGCCAGGGCAGAGCGCGCGGCUCCUAUCUCCGCUCAGCCCCGGGGCGCGCAGGCAUGGAGAAGGAGGCGGCGGCGGCGGCGGAGUGCAGGGUGCUCUCUAUCCAGAGCCAUGUCGUGCGCGGCUACGUGGGCAACAGGGCGGCUGCCUUCCCCCUGCAGGUUUUGGGGUUUGAAAUUGAUAGUGUGAACUCUGUCCAAUUUUCAAAUCACACAGGUUAUGACCACUGGAAGGGGCAGGUGCUAAAUUCGGAUGAACUUCAUGAACUGUAUGAAGGAUUGAAGCUGAACAAUGUAAAUAAGUAUGACUAUGUACUUACGGGCUACACAAGAGACAAAUCAUUCCUCGAAAUGGUGGUUGAUAUUGUCAAAGAGCUAAAGCAACAGAACUCCAAUCUGGUAUAUGUGUGUGAUCCUGUGAUGGGUGACACGAGGGAUGGAGAAGGCUAUAUGUAUGUUCCAAAAGAUCUCCUUCCAGUUUACAGAGACAAAGUUGUGCCUGUAGCAGAUAUAAUAACACCUAAUCAAGUUGAGGCUGAAUUACUCACUGGCAGAAAGAUACGUACUGAAAAAGACGCUAUAGAGGUAAUGGAUAUACUCCAUAAUAUGGGACCAGAGACUGUAGUAAUCACCAGCUCAGACCUUCAGUCACCUUCAGGAAAUGAUUACCUGAUAGCAUUAGGAAGCCAAAGGAGAACUGCAGCAAACGGCACCAUAGUGACGCAGAGAAUUCGAAUGGAGUCUCCUAAAGUAGAUGCCGUCUUCGUUGGAACAGGGGAUCUGUUUGCUGCCAUGCUCCUGGCCUGGACACACAAACAUCCAGACAAUCUUAAGGUGGCAUGUGAAAAAACAGUAUCAGCCAUGCAGCAUGUUUUGCAGAGGACUAUCAAGAGCGCAAAGGAACAAGCUGGAGAAGGAAACAGGCCUAAUUCAGCCCAGCUGGAACUGAGGAUGGUCCAAAGCAAAAAGGACAUAGAAAACCCAGAGAUAAUAAUAACCGCUACUGUGUUAUAAAGGUUGUAUAUCUCCUAACAACGCACAAUGUUAUUGAUGUCCUCAUUUUCUUUCCUGUAAAUUGUAAUGUUUGCCUUAGAUCUGUGACAGAAACCUGACUUCCAUGAAAUAGUGCCCAGCAUAGAUGAGAUCCACUACCAAGCACAUGUGCUGGCCUUGCUUGGAUUAAGAAGGAAAAAAGUUAGGUGUAUUAUAACUCCCUUCCAGGUAUCAAAAUGGCUGUCAGAUUACUUCAGUCAUGUUAUGAAUCCUGGACAUCGGAGAACAAGGUUUCCUGCCUUGCCAAAGACUUCCAGAAUGCAUUUGUCAGUGGAAUGAUUGGCUGGAGUGUAUAUACUGUGGUAAAGCAUCUAGUGCCAAUUCAGUUGGUUACCUUUUCCCAUACAUGAAGAGGUUUGGUAGCCUACUGCAAUGUUCAGUACCUCAACCACUCUGGAAUACAAUAUAGAGGGAGAUUCAGGGGCAGCACAGGAUGGGGUCUGAAGAUGAUUUGCUUUUAGCUACUCUGCACAGGCCUUAUUAUUAUAUCACCAUGUUUCUGAGAACUGCUCCCGUUUCCAGUCUGUGAAUAAAUGCAAGACUCCACUGCCCAGAGGUGCUAAUCCUUUAAUCUCAAGAAAUCAAAAGUAUCCCAUGUCACUUUUUGUUUUCCCCCUUUGAUUUCUCCAGAAAGGAAUACAGUUGCGUAAAGGAAAUUAU